AUGCACAAAAGCACUGAUAAAGCGCUGAUAUGUCGGCGCCUGUCGUCACAGCAAUCGUCGGACAAUUUGGUGGUAAAUGUGACGAAACGGAAGCGAAAUGUGAUGUCAGGCAAAGAGCACAUGAAUAUCGGGACAAUAGGACACUGUGCGCCGACAACGGCUUCUCCCGAUACGUGUCCUAACGUGUCCUUCGAUGACAUCGAUAAGGCUCCGGAGGAACAGCUCAGAGGUGUGACCAUCAAUGCCUCGCACGUGGAGUACGCGACCAAAAGCAGACAUUACGCGCACACGGAUUGUCCCGGACAUCGAGAUUACGUGAAGAAUAUGAUUUGCGGCACUUCCCAAAUGGAUGGCGCCGUUCUCGUGGUCGCCGGCAGUGAAGGACAAAUGCCUCAAACCAGAGAGCAUCUCAUGCUUAGCCGACAGAUCGGUGUCAAAAAGAUUGUGGUUUAUGUCAACAAAUGUGAUCUCGUGGACAAUGAGAUGAAGGAAUUGGUUGAACUCGAAGUCCGCGAUCUUCUAAAUAAUUAUGGGUUCGAAGGCGACACAACACCGUUUGUCUUUGGAUCAGCACUGAUGGCACUCAGCGGCGAUAAAUCAGAAUUAGGAGAGAAAUCCAUUUUAAAACUCUUAGAAACGCUCGACACUUAUCUAACGGUUCCCGAAAGAGACACAAACUCAGCGUUUUUGAUGCCAAUAGAGUCGGCGAUUGUGAUCACUGGGAGGGGAACUGUUUGUGUGGGAACUGUAGAGAAAGGGUCUAUAAGUAGAGGCGAUCCGAUUGAGUUAAUCGGUUGGAAUGAAGUGAUCAAAAGUGCCGCAACCGAUAUACAUAUGUUCGGCCGUUCUGUUGCCAGUUGUGAGGCCGGAGAUCACGUCGGACUUCUCUGCAGAGGAGUAAAAUCUUCGGGUGUGAAGAUAGAGAGGGGAAUGUAUGCCAGUAAACCGGCCUCUCUUUCGCUCAACAAUCGAUUUGAAGCCAAUUUAUAUUUGAUACCCGCGGGAGAGGGCGGUCGGGCAAAGCCUAUAUCUCAACGAUUUAUUCAACAGAUAUUUAGCCGUACGUGGAGUGGAGGCGCGCGGCUCGACGUGCCCUCAGAGGAAGGCGGCAUUCUUAUGCCCGGAGACCAUUCAAAAGUACAUUUGACACUUCAAUUCGGUAUGCAUAUGAAUAUCGGACAGUCAUUCACCAUAAGGGAACAUUCCCGCACUAUCGCGUCCGGAAUUAUUACCAAACACUUGGGCACUAUUCCUGUGCCUAAAAAUCUGGGUGUUUUGCAACUAUAGUAAGAACUACUGGAUAUAAAAUAAUUAUAUAAUUAAGAA